AUGGCAGAAGACACAGACGCCCGACCAAGCUGGUCGAUCAAAGUCGAACAGAAAAGGAAAGCUCGAGAUGAUGCUCUGAAACCCUUCUUGAAUCAGCAAGCGGGUGACAAGGACGACGCCAUCACGAAGAUAGUGGAUGUUGUUGAGCUCGCCAGCAAGGUCGCACAAGGCGAAUUCACCACGACAGAAGUUGUCGAGGCAUACAUACGCAAAGCAGUCAAAGCACAUCAGAAGACGAACUGUAUAACAGAAGUCCUAUUCAAGGAUGCUCUACAACAGGCUCAUCAGCUCGACGCUCAUUAUGCCGAACACAAACGUCCCAUUGGACCUUUUCACGGCGUGGUCAUGACACUCAAGGAUCAAUUCGACGUCAAAGGUCACGAUACUACAUUAGCCUACGUUGGACGAGUGGGCCAACCCGCUACGGAAGAUGCUUUGAUCGUGUCGAUCUUGAAGGGAGCCGGGGUGGUGUUUAUUGCUAAGAGUAAUUUGCCGCAGAGUAUCAUGUGGUGA